UGGAAAAGAUCCAGGGCAGCAGAAACCCAGCUGAUAUGUUAACCAAGACGGUAACUACGAAAAAACUGGAGUUGUAUUUAACUUCAGUUGGCCUUCUAAAAUGAAGAUGAGGAAGGUAAUGUACACCAAUUUUACUAAAAAGGAACUGCUCACAGGAUGUCUCAAGGUGAAGCCACAUUAGUCUCCAAGUGGGAGAUUGUUAAAAAUAUGGAGCCUAAGUUAUAGGCUUCACAAAUUUCUCAUGUGUCAGGCAAAAAUUUCCAAAUAGUGGCAGACACAUAUGGCAGCAAAUGUUGAAGACUUUGCAUGCAUGGUAAGCAAUUGUUGACAAAGCAAUGUGGAUGGAAAAGGUUUCAAACCAUGCAGCUGCCACCGAAAUUUUUUUGGAAGAAAUUCUUUGCCAUGCAAACCAACUUUGUGAAAAAUGUUGGAUUCGCAUUAAUGAGGGAGGUGAAAAAUUUCCUAUAAAUUGGAGGCCAAAACAAAGGAAGAAAUGUGCCAAAGUGAGAGCAAAAACAAGUGCAAAAGUGUUGAGUGAAAAUACGAGAGAUAGUGAGCAAGCACAAAGUGAGAAGCAGUUAGGCUUUCGUUUGUGCAGAAAAUUAACGAGAGAAAAAUAGAGAGAUUGUCUUUGCGUAGGCAAAUAAAAUACAGAGAGUGUAUUUGUUGUACUCCUUUUAUUCUCUUGUUGAUAUAGUAAAAGAAUUGGUGUGGGUUUGUGGACGUAGGCACAAUUGCCGAACCACGUAAAUUCUUGUGUCACUUGCACUUAUUAUUUUUGCUACAUUUAUUUCUUCUCAGUUUAAAUUAUUCUGCGUCCCACUGAUCCUGGCGGAAUUAGUAGCGGUCUAAUUUCCCAACAUUGUGUUCCCUCCACAGGUCAUCAAUAAAGUGCUGAAUUUUACAGAGCUAAUCCUCUUUGCAUUUGCUGAGUUUUGUGGAAUAAUUUUUGGGAUUAGAAAAUGUGAAGAAUGUAAAAUAUAUUUCCUCAUAAUGAGAAGAUGGUUGAACACAAUAUCACGGUGAUUUUUGAAUGCAUGGGAUUUAUCUCAGAUAACUUCGAAACCGCAGUAUAUUAGUUUUCCUUCGUCCUUUCUUUCGGGGUGGGGAUUUGGUUAAAAUCGAAAUUCUUUUUACACCUGUUCAUAGAAAUUGAGCACUAAAAAUUUACUUUUACUUUUUCCUGGAUAGUUCCUUUAUAUUUUUGGCCAGGGAGAAUGUCCCUAUUGACUAUUUGUGUUGUUUGACUUACGGUUCCCAGGCAUCUGGUUUUGAUUUUAUUUUCUAGUAUGAGUUUCCUGCAGAACUUUACACAGAAAUGAUGUUUGAGCUGCUGGUUUCUGCUUAUUCUACAAUUAGCACACAAGAUACAGCUCUUUUCCUUGGACUGAAUGCCGAUGAUGCUGCAAACUAUGCACUAGAACGUGGUUGGACGUUGGAUCAUGCCUCUCAAAUGCUAACUGUGAAGAAGCAGGCUGUUGCAACAGAGCAGAAGCUAGAUUUGAGUAAAUUACAGCACUUGACAGAAAUAUGUUUUCCACCUUGAGCAUUAAUCCUUUAUACUCAGAUGUUUAUAUAUUAGGUACAGUAAGCUCUCUGAUGAUGUUAAAGAAUGUCAAGUUUUUGUUCCAAAAUCUUGAGUUGUUGAUCAGUCUUAACUGUUAUCAUUAAUCAAGCAACAUUCACUUGCUUGGAUUCAA